AAAAAACGAAAAAAAAGAAAGAAAGCAAAGAAGGGAAAGAAAUGAACGUGCACGAAAAAAGUCCCGCGUCUUGACGGAUGCCCUGAAGUUCAGAAAGUUUUUCCAAUGCGCGCUCCGGCGAAGAGAAAGAGAGUGAAAGAGUGAGCGAGGUGCGUUCAGAGACAGCACCGAGGCCCUGGAAGAGAGCGCAAUCCAUUCUGGACCUCUUCUUCUUCUUCUUCUUCUUUUUUUUUAAAUCCCUGGUUGGACUGAUUUUUUUUUCUUAUUUAAAAAAGGAAAAGAAAGUGGAUUUGUGCCGUGUCGGAUCUCUUGGUGGUGCUUUGCUUUUCGGUCCUCGGAGGAAUAAUCAGCAUGCAGGCGCGCUACUCGGUGUCGAGCCCGAACUCUCUGGGCGUCGUGCCGUACAUUAGCGGCGAGCAGAGCUACUACCGAGCGGCGGCGGCCGGCGGCGGCUACGCGGGCAUGGCGGCGCCCAUGAGCAUGUACUCACACGCCGCGCACGAGCAGUACCCGGGCGGCAUGGCGCGGGCAUACGGGCCGUACGCGCCUCAGCCGCAGCCCAAGGACAUGGUCAAGCCUCCAUACAGCUACAUCGCGCUCAUCACCAUGGCCAUCCAGAACUCCCCGGAUAAGAAGAUCACCCUGAACGGGAUCUAUCAGUUCAUCAUGGAACGCUUCCCGUUCUACCGGGACAACAAGCAAGGCUGGCAGAACAGCAUUCGCCAUAACCUGUCGCUCAACGAGUGCUUCGUUAAAGUCCCUCGCGAUGACAAGAAACCGGGCAAGGGCAGCUACUGGACCCUUGACCCGGACUCGUACAACAUGUUCGAGAACGGUAGCUUCCUCAGACGGCGGCGUCGCUUCAAAAAGAAGGACGCUCUGAAAGAAAAGGAAGACCGGCAGAUCAAAGAAGGCGCGUCUUCUCGCCAGCAGCAGCCGCAACAGCAGCAAGGCCGCGAGCACCAGGAGCCCACCGCUGCGCCACCGGUGCGCAUUCAGGACAUCAAGACGGAGAACGGCGCGUGCACGCCGCCCCAGGCCGUGUCACCGGCUCUCGGUGCGGUUCCCAAGAUCGAGAGCCCUGACAGUAGUAGCAGCAGCAGCAGCAGCAGCAUGUCAAGCGGCAGCCCGCAUAGCGUUCCAUCAUCUUCGGCUCGCCUGGAAGGCGGUAGUGGUGGUGGUGGUGGUGGUGGCGGCGGUGGUGGAGAUCAGCAGCAGCAGCAGCAGCAACAGCAGCAACAGCAUCAUGCACACCACCACCACCACAACCACCACCACAACCACCACAACCCGCACCAUGGGCACGCGCACGCGCAAGGUUUCAGCGUCGACAACAUCAUGACGUCGUUGCGCGGGUCUCCGCAGGGCGCCGGGGAGCUCACGCCGUCUCUCUCGGCCUCCACGCGGACAGGUAUAAGCCCUUCGUUGUCCCUGAACUACUCUCCGAGCCAGGCGGCCGCGUACAGCUCGCCCUGUAACCAGAGCUCCACUACCUCGCACGCCACAUACCACUGCAACAUGCAGGCCAUGAGCUUGUACGCGGCCGAGCGCGCCGGAACCACCGCCGCCAGCACCACCUCGGUGGACGAGACUCUGCCUGACUACUCCAUCACGACCACCGCCGCCUCCUCGUCCUCUCUGGGCCACGCCAGCCACCUGGGUUCGACCCAAGAAGCGCACCAUCCUCACUCGCACCAGGGCCGCCUCGCCUCCUGGUACCUGAACCAGGCCGGAGAUCUGGGCCACCUCGGAGCCACCUACCCGACUCAGCAGCAGAACUUUCACUCGGUCCGAGAAAUGUUCGAGUCGCAGCGGAUCGGCUUGAAUAACUCACCGGUGAACGGAAAUAACAGCUGUCAGAUGUCCUUUCCUCCGAGCCAGUCCAUAUACCGUGCGUCCGGGGCUUUUGUCUACGACUGCAGCAAGUUCUGACCCACUCCUCUGCGCUAUAUCUCUCUAUAAUAUUAUUAUUAUUAUUGUUAUUUUAUUUCCCCCUAUUUUUUUUUCUCCAUAAACAAAGAAUCUUUCAUACUUAUUACCCUUCUCCUCGCCAUGGACACUGAACACACAUGGUGUUGGUUUAUUAUGGACAGUGUUACUGCAAAUAACACGUAAGUCUCCUUUUUCGCUUUUGCGAGCUAUAUGCUUUGAAAAGAAAAAUACACGCCAUCCAUAUUUCCACGGACUUGUUAUUACGUGUAAAUUGCGUCUAGUAAUUUAUUUCUGAAAUGUAACCGGAACAUUAUGGACCAAACACCCGAACCGUUAUGUUUCUAAACUUUUAAUUGUGCAGAAAUGUUCCACUAUAACACGGGAACGGAAACGUGUAUAUCGCAAUAUUCACUCAAAUUAUCUCAUUUUGUUGGAAAAAAAAGUAUUCUGAAGGAAGUGCAUUCUUUGUUUAAUAAAUGACCAUUUUAUUUGAGUUAAAA